AUGAUUGAUAUUAUUGGUCUAGCUAGGACGCCUUUUUCUCCCAUUUUAGGUCUAUUGUCAUCAAUUUCUCCAGUACACCUAGGGUUAAAAAGUGCAACCAAGUGUAUAAAUAACAGUUUUAUAAAUAAAGAGUUGAUCGAUUCCGUGAUUUUAAGUCAAGUGUUUCCAUAUGGCCAGGGCCCAUCUCUGUUAAAGCAAAUACUUACCAAUAUAGGAUUAAACAAUUGUAACAACUAUAACGUUAACAAUUUAUGUAUAAGUGGAUUAAAAGCAGUUGAUUUGGGCUUGAACUUAAUUAAAUCGGAAAAAUCGCAAGUUUUAACUGAAUUCGAAGUUGAUAACAUGGAAGGCAGAGCGAAUAGAUACAUAGAGGAUAGCUUUGAAAAAAUCGCAAGUUCAUAUUCUCAGGGAGUAAUCCAAAAUGAAAUAGCUCCAGUGAAUAUUAAAGCACUCCAAAACGGUGUGUUUUAG